CGGGCCUGUAGGGUGGGUCCGCGCGCCAACCGGAAGCGGAAGUGGCCACUGGGCCGCGGCUGCGGGCUGAAGGCUUUACGCCAGAGAUGGGCUCCAAGGCCAAGAAGCGCGUGGUGCUGCCCACCCGCCCGGCGCCCCCCACGGUGGAGCAGAUCCUGGAAGACGUGCGGGGGGCACCCGCCGAGGACCUAGUCUUCACCGCCGUGGCCCGGGAAGACCCCCCAGCCCCCUCGGGAAGGGCCGAGGACACUGAGGCCCAGCGGGAGCAGCUCUACCAGCAGAGCCGGGUCUACGUGGCCACGAACCAGCGGCUGUGGCGCGUGGGCGCCCAGCUGAAGCAGCAGCGUGAGGAGCUGUGGCGGGCACGCGAGGAGCUGGAGCAGGAGGUCAGCCACGUGGGCCAGGUGGCUCUGCCGGGCACCGCGGCCGCCACCUUCCUGGGCUGACCCGGCUCCCCGGGGCCUCGGGGCCUCCGCUCGACACCUGGCCUGGCGCACCUCACCUGACACCUGGCCCCUGGGUCCCGGAACCAGGGUCCAGGCUCUCUGAUCCGCGGCCUAGGCACGCCUGGCACCCAGAGACCCCGGGGGACACAGCCCGCCCAGCGGGUGGGGCUGCCUCAGCCAGGCACAGGCCCCUCCCCGAGGGUGGGGUCCGGGUUGUGCGCAUGCCCCUCGCCCUCAGGAGCCCCGACUGGACUUCCUGCAGGGCCCAGCCCCCGAGGGCCCUCCGUCCAUCCUCCCUUCCUUCCUCCGGCGACCCUGCUUCACUGCCCACCCCCCAUCAGGCUGAACUGGUGGGACCCACCCCUCUGGUUCUGCUGUCUUCGUGUUAACUGGGGGGCCCCAGGGGUCCCAGAAGAGGGUGGGGAGUUCAGUGUCCUCCCUGACACGUAGUGGCUAUGGUUAUGUGAGGAGCUGUGGCCCCCCCAGGGCCCAGAUCUGAGAUGGGGCCUCGCGGUGGGUGCCACCCCUCAGGGCCCCCGGCACCCCGACCCAGGGCCUGGGCGCUCCCCCAGGGCACUUGUCUGUCCGUCAGCUGUGGGGUUCUGUCACAUGGGGGCGCCAUGAGAGGACGUGGUGGUCAGUCCACUGCCCCGGGCCAUCACCCAGCUGCCCUCCUGUCCGUACACCUUCGUCUGUGGACAGGUGGGUGGUGGGGCAGGAGAGGAUCUUGAAAAGGGCAUCACCCUAAAAAACCCAUCCCAUGAAGACCAGAGAAGCAGUAGGCUGGCGGGAGGUGGCCCCGGGGCCAGGCCCGUCGUGGAUGAGCGCAAGUCCCUCUGAUGAAAUCCCUGUGUGUGGCUGCCUGAACAGUGCCUCCAUAGGCCACUCCUUUGCAGGCUCCCCAGAAGCUCGGGGCAGUGCUGGGGCCCAGCACGCAGGGCCCUGACAAGGGAGACCCUGCGCAUCCCAGGCAGAAAGAGUGUCUGCUUCACCCUCAGAGACCCCAAAACUGGAGACUUGACUUUGGAGGCCCAGGAGACAAGCCCAGUGCGGGCUUGUCUCUAGUGGCAGCAGUGGACGCCAGGCUGCCUCCUCCAGGGUGCGCUGGCUAACAGCGGGCCCCUGGGGUGAGCUGCUUCCCCUCUCCCUGCCUGGCCUGGCCUCCGGGUGGGGCCGCCUGUCUUUGGGGCACUGUCCACCCUCCAGAUCCCCCCUGGCAUCAGGCAGAGACACUCCACUGACUCCUGCCGGGUGCCUCCCCCUGCGCCUGUUCUGAGUGCUCUCCCUGCACCCCCGGGUCACGCUGGGGCUCAGCCCUCGGGCGUCCCCUCGCGUCCUCGCGGUUGUGGGGAGCGAGGCUCUGCAGGUGGCAUGUGGACCCCCACCCUGGCUUGUCCCCCCUGGAGACGGGCGCAGGCAUUGUGGAGCGCAACUCAACAGCUGUUUAUUAAAGGUGCAUGUGAGACGCCUGGUUCCGCGGCCUCCUUCCGCCAGACGAUGGCUUUACAGUUGGGGGGACAGGAUGGGACGGGGCUGUACGUAUUUACACGUGUCCGGUGGCACUGCAGACCCAGGAGGGAGAUGCAGGGUGGAGGGGGAGCCUAGACAGCUGGGCUCGGGCGGCAGCCGGCAGGGUGGCAGGGGUCAGGUGAUGCACCGAAUCCAGCACCCAGCUCGUGGUGUCCAUCUGCUCCUGGGCCCAGGUCCGGGAGUGGGUGUCCUGUGUCCCCUCAGCGGGUGGCCGGGCAGCAUCCUGAGGGCUUCAGACUUUGGUCCUCCAGCUCCUGCCGCAGACGACUGUCCAGCAACCGCCAGUGCCUUCCUCCAGGAAGCGCAUCUUCUCAGGGCCCUGGGCCCCCAUUGGCCUGCUGGGCUGGGUGAUGAGGCAUGGCUGGCCCCGCUGCAGGGGUUGGAAAAGGCAGAGGUGGCCCUGACAGGAUGGCCCCGGCCUGGGGAGAGAACGCCUGGGCCAGACAGAGGGCAGCGGGGGCGGCCGGGGAGGGUCCUCUGCCCCCAGUCACGGUGGCUGCGCUGCUCGCCGAGAGGUAGCUCUGGGAGUUCGCCCCACGGCCCACGUGGGGAGACAGGCACACAGCGGCCAGAGCGCCACCCGGGUCUCCCAGUGCGGGGGGCUCCCACCCCGGCCCUCACGGCUGGGCGAGCUGGGGUGGGUCCCCCUUUUCCAGGGGAGGCUGGCCCAUGGUGGUGGUGGGCAGCAUCCUUCAGCCCCCAUAUCUGAGAAGGCGCUCGGAAGACCCCCCAGUCCCGCCCUUCUGGCUACUGACGGGGACUGGGGGCGGCCGGUAUCUGAGACGCGUCUGAUAGUGAUCCGCCUGGGGGCCCGGUCCCUGGCACCCUGCUCAGCCCCCGGCCUCCUUCGCUGCUGCCGGCUGGCCCUCCACAGGAGGGGCACGUGGUGCAGCCCUUCUCUCGUGCUGCAUUCAGGCCCUCAGGCAGAGUCCUGGCGCCUGUCCUGCAGGACGGUGUGUCGGUGUGUCGGGUGUGAGGAAGAGGUUGCAGUCUGUGUGUCUCAGCAGCGGCACGGUGUCCGAGGGAGGGGAGGGACAGUCGGUGGUGCCCGGGGUGGAGAUGGGGCCCCUCCAGCACCUCCUCUUGACUCAGCCCUGCUCCCCCUCCUCCCAGAGAAGGGACAGAUGCUGGCACAGGGUCCCCGGCCCCAGGAGCAGCUCUGCAGGGGACUGUGACUUUAGAUCCACGGGACGACCGAGAGCAGCCCCGCCCAGAGCUGGGUUCUGCAGGGAGGCGGUGGGCGGCUCUUCGUGCAGGUAUGCCGGGGCUCCCCCUCUGCCUCCUCUGGGACCAGCUCCCUCCAGCACCUGUGGGCUCCAGGGCCCCCGCUCCGAGUCCCACAGCUGUGCUGGACCUCAGGGAGGAGGCCGUGCCCGCACGGAGCCCACAGAUCCAGGGCUUCCCGCGUCGCAAAGGAGGUUGAGAUCGAAAAGGGAAAGGCCGGGGGCCGGGCGCCGGGCGCUGGGCGGGCGCCUCCCGGGACGUCCUCAGAGUGCAGUCCAGGCCCGGCGGCGGGGCGGUCAGCCGGGCCCCGGCCUCCCCUCGGUGCCCCGCCCGCCUCGGCCAGAGCCCUUGCUGCACGCCUGCCUCUCCAUGUUCCUUACGAGGAUUGCGGGGGUGCUGUGUCCAGACCACCCCCGGCCAGUCCCGGGGUGCUCCAGGCUCCCUACACUCGCCGUCUCGGGUGGGGCUGCCUUUCUGUGGGGCUCAACCACGCCCCUCCCCCGUGCCCCCCGCUGAGGCUGAACAGGCAGGCCAACCGGCUAAGCCCUGGUGAACAAAUUACUCAGCCUUGCCCGUAAUUACAGGCUUCCUGCUCUGCCAUGGUUGCCUGCCAAUGCCCCCAGCUGGCAGGCUCCCGUCCCCCACGUCGGCGGGCGGGCACUGUCACCUCCCUGCGGCUCCCCGGAGGGGAGGGGAGGGGAGGGGGUGUGGUGCUGAUGCUGGGCCCGGUGGAGUCAGGAGCCCAGGAGGGCACUGCCGAGGACAGCCCCAGCCAGGAGGGUGGUCUCCGCGUGGGGGCCAGGCUGGGACGGCGCCCUCGUAGGCACCCCCUGGCGGGGACGCAAGGUCCACCCUGCAGCUCACUUUCCUUGCAGAGCCCCCUGGGCAUGGAAGCAAGCGCCUACGCAGUGAGGGUGGGGCCCGUAGCAGGGCAGAGGCUCAGAGGGCGGGGCCCGGGUGGGCAGGCGGGUGCUGGGACCACCCUCGGGGCAGCCAGACGGCCCUGGGCCGGGAGAGGACGUUCUGGAAGGCCAGCCCCGGCCACUAUCCCAGGAGGCCGGUAGGGGCGGGGGCGGGGGCUUUCUCCACGGCAGAGUCAGUGGUGGCUACCACCAUGGGGCUGGGCACGUAGUUGAAGGGGGGGACGCGGGCGGAGCGGCUGGGGGAACCGUGUCGGCUGGCGGGGACGAAGGGGCCGGGGGCGGGCGCCUUGGCGGGGCCCGGCCCGUCCACGUCACUGCCGAGGAGGAGGGAGGGGGCGCUGCCGGUCGUGGCCUGUGGGGUCACCCAGCUCUCCAGGCUCGGGGACGUGCUCGAGUUGGUCUUGGUAGCUGCGAAGUCCUCGGUCUGGACCACGGCGUCGCUGGUCUUGCGCUGCGGAGGGCCUGUGGGGCCGUCCUCCGGUGAGGAGCCCAGCAGGGGCAGGGCGCGGGGGGGCAGCGUGCUCCGCAGGAUGUGCGGAACGUCCUCGUCCCGGAUGCGACGCCACGUGGUGCCCGGCGCGGCCUCCCCGGUGCUGCUGCGGGGUGCGUUGUCUGCCACAGGCACGGGGGCGUCGGGCCCGCGGGCCACACUGAUGUGAGGCAGGGAGGCGUAGCGCUUGACCGUAUCGGGCCGGGCGGCUGGCAUGCGGACGGGCAGGCGAGACGGGCUCUCAGAGCUGGUGCGCCGGGGCGGCCGCUCGCCCAGGCCGGGCCGGGCCGUGGGGGGCCGCUGGGCGGCGGGAGCCUGCCGGGGGGCCGCCCGCAGCUCAUCACAGCGCGAGGAGCAUAGGAAGACGGCGGGUAGCGCGGGCCGGCCGCGGCGGGGCAGGCCUGCCUGGGCAGCCGGGGUGGCGGCCUCAGUGGCGGACAGUUCGGUGCGUCGGCGGCGCAGCAGGCCCGGCGACUCCUUGAUGAAGGUCAGCUGCCUCCGGAAACCGGAGCGGUCGGAGGCCUCACUGCCGCUGGAGCGGGCGGAGGCCACGCUGCCGCUGGAGCGGGCAGAGGCCACACGCACGAGCCCUGGGCGGCCCCCUCGGGCCCUUGGACCUGGUUCCGGGGCUGCCUUGGCCAGGGGUGGCGGCCCCCGCCGGGUGGGUCUCUGCAUGAAGGGGAUCCGCACGGGCGACUUCUGUGUCUUGUGCUGCUUGGCCAGCAGGGCCCGGGCGGGAGUCUUGGUUGCGGGGGAGGCCCCGGGGCCGGGCAGGGUUCCUGUGGCCUGGGUGGCCGGGGGUGACCUCCUCGGCAGAGGCUGUGAGGCCGGGGAGGUCUGGGAGGAGCUCGACGAGGGGGUCUUGGCGAGGCGGGCAGGUGGCGUGGCACUCCUCUGAGGGGGGCUCAGCGCCGCCAGCUCCGAGAUCUUGCCGGGUCGGUGCAGGCUUCGAGACCUCUGCUGCCCGGGGCCAGGGAUUUUGGCGGGGGCUGCUGGCUGCACUGGACUUGGGACUCCCGUCUUUCUCGGCACAUUGCGGGGCCCAGGGGCACCUUUGGGCUGGGCCCGGGUGGCUGGGCUGGGCAUGUAGAUCACUGUCCGUCCCCGGAGCACGGCUGGCACCCCGGACGCGGCCUUCUGAGUGCCACGUGGCUUCUCCAGGCCGCUGCUGCGCUGGGCCAGAGCCCUGUCCCGUUUCUCUGGCCGCAUGGCACUGCCCACCUGACCCUCUGCCCUUGGCCUUUGACCCUUCCUGUGCAGGGGAAGCUGCAGGGUGGAGCCCACCGACCGCCCUGAGGCAAAGGACAGAACGGAGUCGGACUCAGAGGAGGCCUCGUGGGUGGCUGCCGCCGCUGCCUGGUGUAGCCACGUGACGAUGGAGUUGGCCCCCUCCUGGAUGGCGCGCCACUCGACGCUGUCCAGGUCUGAGGCGUGGUCCGAGCCCGCUGCCUCCUCACUGUGCUCCCGGGGCCCCUCUGCUGGCCUCUUCUCCUGCUGCACCGCUCUGGACUGGCGGCACCCUGGGCCAGACACCUGGGGCCGGCGCCUGGGCACGGCUGAGCCAGUGCAGCGCCGGAGCAGCUCUGCCUCGGCCCGCGGGCGGGGGGCGCUGUCCCGCCUGCCCCCGGGGCCUGGGUCCUUGGUGACCCCUGGCUCGCGGGCUCGGGGCCGGCUGGCUGCGCGCUCAAAGGGCUCAGGCUCGCUCAGGGAGCUGGCGGAGGAGCUCAGGGAGUAGCAUGGUGGCGUCUCAUCAGCGAUGAGGCUGGGCUGAGCCCGGGCUGGCGGCGCAACCUUGGGUGCGGCAGCCUUGGGCGGCGCGACCUUGGGCACGGCCUGCACCUCCUUCCUGCCACCAGCCGGGUACUCCCUCUUCACCGCGCGGGGGAUCGCAGAUGCCCGCCGCGGGGGUGCCACCGCCGCUGCCGCGGACGGCUCUUCGUCUGAGUCGUUGCCAUAGAAGCAGUACACGGCCUCCUCGGUGGGCGUCGUGAGGCAUAGAGACUGCAGGGCCCCGUCCCCACGCGCCUGUCCCGGGCGGGAGCUGUCCCUGUCUCUGCAGGCGCUAGGGGGCCGGCAGAGGGGCAGCUCCAGCCCUGCGCGGCUCCUGCCAGCCCCCCGGGGCUGCUCUGUGCUCCGGCCCGUGCCCCCCGCCCUGUGCCGGUGCCCGGCGGGCUGCCUGGUGGGGGCGGCAUGGCCCGCAGCCUUCUGCCCCUGCGCAGGCCCGCCAUCCCCGGGGGGUCCCUGCAGUGUCUCCUCGCUGAGGGAGGUGGUGCUGGAGAAGGUGACCGGCGUGCCCUCGGCCGAGUCGGUGCAGGACUCAUCCUCCCGUGCCGGGGCGGGCACCAGCAUGUAGACGGGCACGGGCAGGGUGCGGUGGCCAGGCACCAGCGCCGAGGCCACCUUGCGGAGCCGGGCGGGCACGGUCCCACCCAGGCACUCGCGCAGCAGUUCCAGGUCCCGGUCGGUGGAUGUUGGCCCUUCGAGGCGGCCGCUGGCCUCAUCCCGUCGGCGGUGCCCGGGGCCCACGCCUCCCGCACUGCUGCGCUCAGGGCAGGCCGGGGGCAGCAGCCGCAGCUCCACGUCCUUCUGCACAUAGAGCUCAUGCAGGGCCAGCGCACUCAGGCUGGAAGCACACGAGAAGUUCUCGUCGGGCUUCUCCACGGUGAAGCGCACGCUGCCCGCGUCCAGCUCAGACGGUAGCCGGCAGCGCUCCCGGCAGUCGGCGAUGUCCAGGAAGCGCUUCACGUAGCUCUCCCACUGCAGGCUGAACUGGGUGACCUCACGCUCGCCCGGCGGCGCGGGGGCCGGCGGGGGCGUCUUGCUGCGGCUCGGUGGCAUGGUCUGCCCGGGGCUGUCGGGCAGCUCGCUGGGGCUGACUGUACCGCUGCCCAGCCCGCUGCACGGAUCGCUGGCGACGGAGCUGGCAAUGGAUGGGCUCUCGAAGCUGCCCAGCGAGCUGACCGAGCUGCAGCGGCUCAGCACCAGUGGCGUCUCCUGUACGCAGUUCUCAGACGAGCUGGACGGCGUGGCGUCCUCCACCCCCAGGCCCCGGCCCCGCUGAGGCACAGGGAUGGCCAUGGGCAGGGAGGCGGAGCCCGGCCCCUGCCAGGCCCCGUCCAGCCCGGCCUCGCUGGGGCCAGCCUCCUCCAGCCCCUCCAGGGACGAGUCGCUGUCAUCCAGGUCCCCGGCCUCACUGGGCCCUGGGCGGCCAGCCGAGGACAGUGAGGACAGGGAGCUGCAGCGGGAUAGGCAGAGGGGCGCCUUCUCCACCGCCAGCUUCUCGGGCACCUUGCUUAGGUCCUCUGCGGGCAGCCAGGCCUGUUUCCGGGCCCUGGGGGCCAGGGACCCCGCGCCCGCUCUGGUGGUGCCCUCAAGCAGCGGCACAUGCUGGUAGGUGGGCGACAGCUUGAUGGUGCACACGCGGGCAUCUGUGGCCGCGGUGUCCCGGGCCUUGGGCUCAACCUGGCCGCUGGGCAGGUUGAGGUCAAGCCGGCUGGGCCGCGCCUGGCCGCACAGGGGUCCCUCGCAAUGCUCGGCCAGCGCGGCCAGCGAGCAGGGCUGCGAGUGCUCGCGGGGACAGUGCCCGUCGCUGGUGCUGCCGCUGUUAAGACUGUCGUUUGAGAGGCUGGCGUGGGCCGCCUUGAGCCGCAGCAGCGGGUGAGCCCGGCUGCCGGCCUCUCGCCGCCCUGCCUCGGGCCCCCGGCAAGGGGAGCAGGAGUGCGCACGGCCCUCCCGUGGGGCCUCCUGCCCGGGAUCCCCAGAGCUGAGGCUGAAGCUGUCGUCAGACGAGGUGUGCAGGGCCGAGAUGUCCUCCACCAGCCGGUCGAUGCGCGCCACUGCCAGUGCCAGCUUGGCCUUGGCCCUGGCUGCCACAGCUGCCUCCCCGCCGGCCUCCUUCUCGGACUCCAGGCCGCCCCGGUGGGCGGGCGGGGUGCGGGCCAGCGCCUGGCCCUGCAGGAAGGGGCUGCCCAGGAAGAGGGGCAGCACGGCGGGGCUGGCGGGCUCGGCGGUGGCGGCAGCUGCGGUGGCCAGAGAGGGUGCGUCGUCAUCAUCAAAGCAGCCCGAAUCAGAAGCGUAGUCCUGGGCCAGGCCAUCCAGGUGGCGCAGGGGCGGCAGCGGCUUCUUGGAGGUGGCCUCGGCCUCGGGCAGGCCUUGCUUCUCCAGGUGGUCAAGUGCCUGCGCCAGGUGCCGCGCGUCCAGCGCAGCCUCCAGCGCCCGCUGCUUGCGCACGUACAGGCUGGGCGCACAGGCGCUGGGGGAGACGGCAGUGGCUGCCGCCUGGUACUUGGCGGGCCGGUGGGCCAGCAGGUUGCGCAGGGCGGCGGCGCUGCCCAUGGCGAUCAUCUUGUGCUUGGAGUGCACCAGGUUGCGCAGCAUGCCCACAGCACCCAGGUCCCACAGCAGCUCCUGGUCACCGGCGCUGCGGGCCGACAGGUUCCAGAGCGUGCCACAUGCGUUGCUCACGAUGGUCAGGCUGUGCGACGUCAGGUGCUGCAGCAGCGUCUGCAGGCAGUUGUGGUCCCGCAGCACCUGCCUGCGGGGGCCGGAGGGGUGAGGAGGGGCGGGAGGUGUGCGUCAGACCCCCGCCAGCCCGGACCCCAGCCCACCGGACACCCGCCCGCCGGCAGGACCGUGGCCACGUGGGACAAGUCAAAACGGAAGGUGCCCAGGUGACAUUGCAUUUCAAAGGAAGGGAUACAUUUUUAGUAAAAGCAUAUCCCAAACAUUGAGUGUGCUGUGCUUGUGUGAAAGGUUUCAUUUAUUAAUCUCAGCAAACUAUUUAUGAAACAAUACUAAUGUGUUAACAUUACUUAUUAUUUACCUUUUCUUUUUUUUUUUUUCCCCCCGCUACGCGGCCCUCUCAUUGCUGUGGCCUCUCCCGUUGCGGAGCAUAGGCUCUGGGCACGCAGGCUCAGCAGCCAUGGCUCACGGCCGGACCGGGGCAUGAACCCGUGUCCCCUGCAUCUGCAGGCAGACUCUCAACCAGUGCGACACCUGGGAAGCCCCUAUUACUUAUUAUUUAAAAUGAAAUUUCAUUAAAACCAUCUCAUUUUAUUUCUUUAAUUUUUAUUUUACAUUGGAGUACAGGUGAUUUACAGUGUUGUGUUACUUUCAGGUGUACAGCUAAGUGAUUCAGUUAUACAUGUACGUAUAUCCGUUCUUUUUCAGAUUCUUUUCCCAUUUAGGUAAUUACAGACUAUUGAUUGGAGUUCCCUGUGCUACACAGUAGGUCCUGUUGAUUUCCUAUUUUAUGUAUGGUAGUGUAUAGUAUAACUCAUUUUAGGGCAUCUAAAUCUUGUGAUAUUUGGGAUAUACUAAAGACAGAUAUCUGUUUGCCUUUAAAAAUACUAAGCAUUGUUUCUUAAUUAUUGUCAUCACUAGUAAAUAAAUGUUUUAUUUUACUUGUUAAGAUCUUUAGCACAAGUAUCUCCCAUGCAACAUUCGGGACUAUACUAAAGAUAGUGUUUUUAAAAGAAAACAAAAAUCUAAGUAUUGUUUGUUAAUUAUUAGCAUAAUUAGUAAAUCAGCGUUUUAAUUUAAUUGAUAAAGUCUUUAGCACAAGCGUAUCCCAUGCAGUAUUUAGGAUAUGCUUUUUCAAAGUUAUGUGUUUUCAUACAACUCAAGCAUUAUUUAUUAGUAGUAUUAACAAAUAAUUUUAUUUAUUUUAACAAAGAACACAUUUUUACUAUUAUUUAGAAAAUAAUGUGUUGUGGUUUUUUUUCUUUGUUUUUUUUUGCAUUACGCGGGCCUCUCACUGUUGUGGCCUUUCCUGUUUCGGAGCACAGGCUCCGGACACACAGGUUCAGCAGCCAUGGCUCACGGACCCAGCCACUCAGCGGCAUGUGGGAUAUUUCCGGAGCAGAACACGAACCCGUGUCCCCUGCAUCGGUAGGCGGACUCUCAACCACUGCGCCACCAGGGAAGCCCCUGUUACUUAUUAUUUAAAAUGAAAUUUCAUUAAAACCAUAUCAUUUUAUUUCUUUAAUUUUUAUUUUACAUUGGAGUACAGCUGAUUUACAGUGUUGUGUUACUUUCAGGUGUACAGCUAAGUGAUUCAGUUAUACAUGUACAUAUAUCCUUUCUUUUUCAGAUUCUUUUCCCAUUUAGGUUAUUACAGACUAUUGAUUGGCGUUCCCUGUGCUACACAGUAGGUCCUGUUGAUUACCUAUUUUAUGUAUAGUAGUGUAUAGUAUAACUCAUUUUAGGGCACCUAAAUCUUGUGAUAUUUGGGGUAUACUAAAGACACAUUUCUGUUUGCUUUUAAAAAUACUAAGUAUUGUUUCUUAAUUAUUGGCAUUACUAGUAAAUAAAUGUUUUAUUUUACUUGGUAAGAUCUUUAGCACAAGUAUCUCCCAUGAAACAUUCGGGAAUAUACUAAAGGUAGUGUUUUUAAAAGAUAACAAAGGGCUUCCCUGGUGGCGCAGUGAUUGAGAGUCCG